UUGUCAAAGAAUAUUUUCAUAUUUCUUUUUUAUACCUUUAAAAUACUUUGACGCCUUAUUUGCGACAGUUAGUGUAAUAUAAAAAGAAAUGCCAAAGAAAAAGAAAAGUCAGGACGAUGAAUUCGAAGAGUGGAAAAAGUCUAAGCAGCUCCUUAAGCCAAAGGAUCAACUAGAACUUGCUGAUUGGGAAAUGAAAGAACCUCAUGCUCGAAUCCUCUUGACUCACAAUCCUCUAAAACCUGAUGGAUUAGUUGAAUGGAGCUUUGCAGAAGGAAGUUUUAUACCAUUACAUCCACCCAGCAACUAUGUUGUGGCUCUCGAUAUAAAAGGAACCCUAAUGCACCGCCUUUCUCCGGAAGGGCUAGCUCAGUUGGCAGGAGAUACAGGCUUGCCCGCUGAAGAUGAAGAGGAAAAAGAAGAAGUAGAGGUGGAAGAGGGAGAACAAAAACUGGAAGAAGGAGAACCGAAACCAGCAGAAGUGCCAGCCGAAGCAAAACCUGAAGACGAAGAAGGAGAAAAAGGUGAAGAGGGCGCAGAAGGAGGAGAAGAAGGGCAACCAGCAGAAGCAGCGCCACCUGCAGAAGCAGAAGCUAAAGGGGACGCUGAAGACGACGAAGAAGGAAAACCGUCCAAACCGAAAAAACUAACAAACCAAUUUAAUUAUAGUGACAGAGCUGCUCAAACGUACAAUCUUCCAACGCGAUCACAAGAAACUCAAACCAUUCCGCCACCAAAAGAGAACUUUUCUUCAAACGUUUUACAAUGGAUCAUAUACGAUGACUAUCUAACGGAUUACAAUCGACAACAAGCAGAAUUGGAGCUGGAAAGAUUAGCUAGAGAAGCCCAGAAAGCGCCGAUCACAAAACACGCACCUCCGCCACCGAAAAAAAGCGGCGGAAGAGCGCAACUCAGCGAAGCUGUUCAGGCGCGGGUGGCCCAAUGUUGGAAAACCUUGGAGAGGAUGAUUAAUCAAAAUAUAAAUGACGAAAUUAAUAAAGAUUAUAAAUAUUGGGAUGAUCCAUCAGAUCAAUACAGAGAAGAAGAAGGAACUCUACUACCGUUGUGGAAAUUUACUUAUGAGAAAACUCGAAAGCAUUCAGUUACUGACUUACAGUGGAGUCCAUGGUAUUAUGAUCUAGUUGCGGCAUCUUUGGGAUAUUUCGACCAUAUGAAACCACUAGACACGGGCUAUUUGUGCUUGUACAGUCUCAAAAAUCCAUCAUAUCCUGAAUACAUAUGCCAAACCCAGUCGGCCGUUAUGACGGUGGACAAUCAUCCUGACCAUCCUUACAUGAUAGUCAUCGGAUUGUACGACGGGAAUACGAUAGUGUACAACAUACAGGCGUCUUGUAAAACGCCAGCCUACAAAAGCGACGAAGUUACUCAGAAACACCGUGGAAUAGUUUGGGAUGUUACCUGGAGACCAGAUUUACCAGACGGUGAGCUCAAUUAUUACUCUAUUGGUGCCGAUGGAAAUGUCAAUCAUUGGAUCCUUCUUCAAACAGAAAUGUCCGUGACCACAAUAAUAACUCUGUGUAUGGAUAAGGAACCCUUAAGGGGCCCUGAUGGAACACAAGUUAUUUUAAAAAGCACGCCUUCUUGUAUUAAAUUUCAUCCGUCAAAUCGUGAUGUUUUCUUGGUGGGUACUGAAGAAGGUCUUAUUUAUAAAUGUAGCACUUCAUACAGUGCUACCUAUCUUUUCACCUAUCGCGCACAUUCCUUGGCCGUGUACCGCAUGGACUACAAUUACUUUAAUAGCAACAUUUUCGUAUCAGGAAGUGCCGACUGGAGAGUAAAAAUAUGGGAAGAUAAUAGGCAUGAACCCCUGUACGUAUUUGACUUGGGGGCCUUUGUUGGUGACGUAAAAUGGGCACCGUACUCCUCAACUGUUCUAGCCGCUGGUACGAUUGAUGGAAAACUGUCGGUGUUCGACCUAAACAUCAGCAAAUACAAACCUAUAUGUAUUCAAGCUGUUGUUUCCAAAAAGAAAAAUAAACUCACUAGGAUUCGUUUUAAUCAGCGCUUCCCGAUUAUAUUGGUAGGAGACGAAAAAGGAAUGAUAACGGCUCUCAAAUUAUCACCUAAUUUAAGAGUUCCUUGCAAGCCACCCAAAAAAAUGCAACACUUAGAUCAAACAACACUACAAAUAAUGAAAUUGGACAAGUUGUUAUCUGUCGUAAGAGAACCUGUGGUACUUGAGCGUCCUCCAGAUCCUGCAGCAUCACAAGCCACUACCAAAUAAAAUAUAUCAUCAACCAUACAAGACGUAAAAUUAUAUACCUACUACAUUUUUUUCAUUUUUAUAUUCAUUACUUAAGGCAAAAAUAAUAACAUCUGUCCUAACCGAUUAACAAAAGUAAAAGUAUUAUUUAAAGUAACUUAUCUUUUAUGCUCAGUAACGCGGUAAUUAAUAUACUUAUAGAAAUAAAUGUGACAAAUUGUA